AGACUGUCUCCACACGCCCUCCUAGCUGUGUUAUUGAUUUUCCAAUGGGAGGUGGUCUGUUCAUGAAUAUGAGGGGAAGUGCUCCAGGAGACUGACUCUGUAAGAGUGGUCCACACUAUGAAAAAAGUAAUCUGCUUACGACAAGUGGAAGAGUAGUCCGUCCAGGAAGCGCGGUGUCAGCCCCACAGGAGGUCCAGAUCCACCAGCCACAUGGCUUCAGCUGCUGCUGCCUCCUUUGCUCCUGCCCCUUGUGACUGGCACCCAGAAGACAUUUCUUUCCCCAGUGGAUUUGCUUGGGGUGCUGCUACAGCAGCUUAUCAAGUUGAAGGAGGCUGGAAUGCAGAUGGAAAGGGCCCUAAUGUUUGGGACACAUUCACCCAUCAGGGAGGAGAUCGAGUUUUCAAGAACCAGACUGGUGAUGUAGCUUGUGGCAGCUACACUCUGUGGGAGGAAGAUUUGAAAUGUAUCAAACAGCUUGGAUUGACUCAUUAUCGCUUUUCUCUUUCCUGGUCACGUCUGUUACCUGAUGGGACGACAGGUUUCAUCAACCAGAAAGGAGUUGAUUACUAUGACAAGAUUAUUGAUGACCUGUUGGCAAAUGGCAUUGUGCCCAUGGUGACAUUAUAUCACUUUGAUUUACCUCAACAUUUAGAAGAUCAAGGUGGUUGGAGCUCUGAUGCAAUCACUGAGGUCUUUGACAACUAUGCACAGUUUUGCUUCAGAACAUUUGGAGACCAAGUGAAACUGUGGAUCACUAUUAAUGAGCCUUAUGUUGUUGCUAAAGAUGGCUAUGAAAAAGGCAUUGUGGCUCCAGGAAUAAUGGACCCUGGUAUUGGAGCUUAUCGGACAGCUCAUAACAUGAUAAAGGCUCAUGCUAAAGCCUGGCACAGUUAUGAUUUGUUAUUUAGAAAAAAGCAACAGGGGCUUGUGUCAAUAUCUCUGAACUCAGAUUGGGCAGAACCCCUAGAUUCAACUUGUCUGGCAGACCAAGAAGCUACUAAAAGAUAUAUGGCUUUUUGCUUAGACUGGUUUGCUGAACCCAUAUUUACUAGUGGUGACUAUCCAGCCAUCAUGAAAUCCCAGAUCUCUGUAAUGAGUACAAAGCAAGGCUACCUAUCAUCAAGGCUUCCAGAAUUUACUGAGGAAGAAAAGAAGAUGAUCAAGGGAACUGCUGACUUUUUUGCCCUAAAUUAUUAUACUACUCGCAAAGUAAAGCAUCAAGAAAAUACAUGCAGUGAACCAAGUGUUUCUGGGGACAAAGAAGCUGAACAAAUAUUGGACCAUUCCUGGCCUUUGGCUGCUGGCAGCUCAUGGCUGGCUGUAGUUCCCUGGGGUUUACGUAGACUGCUGAAAUAUAUCAAGGAUACAUAUAAUAAUCCUAUAAUUUACAUCACUGAGAAUGGGUUUUCCCAGAGUGACCCUGCUCCACUUGAUGACACUCAGCGCUGGAAGUAUUUCAGGCUGACAUUACAAGAAAUUUUAAAAGCCAUCUCUCUUGAUGAUGUCCAUCUUAAAGGAUAUUUUGUGUGGUCCCUCCUUGACAACUUUGAAUGGACUUGUGGAUACAGCUGUCGAUUUGGACUUUUCCAUGUUGACUUCGAAAACCCAGCUCUCCCUCGUGUUCCUUAUGGAUCAGCAAUAGAAUAUGCCAAAGUUAUCGCCAACAAUGGGCUAAUGAAAUCAACUGAAGAGCUGUGACGAUCUGCCUUUUGGUACCAAGAGCUGUCUCCUUCCU